UCCGGCAGGCAGCUGUGACGCCAUGACGUCGUACGUCCCAUCCAUUGCGGAAGUGCAGCGCCUUUGAGUUCCCGUGAGGUCGUUGUACGUCCGUCGGGGAGCGCGUGCAGCCUCACACCACAAUGCUGAAGGUCCUUCAGGCCUGUGUCCGCCACCAGGUGUGUGUCCGCCGUCAGGUGUGUGUCCGCCGUCAGGUGUGGAGCAGCGUGAGUUCCGCCGCUCAGAGGGGCUCCGACACGGCGGAGGGUCGUGGUGUGACCCGAGGAGGAGUCCGGAGCUGCACAGUGGACCCGAACCUGCAGGAGCAGUUCGUCUUCGUGGAGUUUACAGAUCCAGAAGACGACCCCCAACAGGAGGAGAGACGAAUCCUCCAUCAGUUCAGGGCUGCCUCUGCUGCUGGUUCUCCUGGUUCUGCUGCUGGUUCUCCUGGUUCUGCUGUUGGUUCUCCUGGUUCUGCUGCUGGUUCUGCUGCCCAAUUGACCCCUCAUAAGCACCUGCGGUCUCUGGAGCAUCAGCUGCAGGUGUUAAGGUCUGGGGAUCAGCAGGAGGCGGAGCUAGACUCCCUCAUCCAGUUCCAGGAUGUGGACUUCCUGCUGGAUGACAGCGUCACAGCCACAAAGAAGAAGAAGAAGAAGGAGGCUGGAGGGGGGAAAGGAGAACACAAAAUCUUCGGGACCCCUGACGUUGACGAGCCGGUCAGCAACACCUGCUGCCAGGGCUGCGGCGCCCUGCUGCACUGCACCUCCACCGCCGUGCCUGGAUACCUGCCCAGCGAGAAGUUCAAGGAGCUGCAGCAGGAGGGGCGUCUGGGUGGGGCCACCUGCCAGCGCUGCCACCUGCUGACCCACCACCACCAGGCGCUGAACCUGCAGCUGCCCAGAGAGCAGUACAAGGACGUGGUGCGGCAGGUCCGGGCCCACAAGGCGCUGGUGCUGCUCGUGGUGGACCUGCUGGACCUACCUGACUCUAUCAUCCCCGACCUGCCCGAGCUGGUGGGGGCCAACAAACACAUUGUUGUCCUUGGCAACAAAGUCGACCUGCUGCCCGCAGACGCGCCCAACUACCUACAGCGCAUCAAGCGGCAGCUGCUGCAGUACUGCCAGGACUCUGGCUUCGCCGCCCAAGUGACCGACGUGCACCUGAUCAGCGCUAAGACCGGCUUCGGUGUGGAAGGCCUGAUCUCCAGCCUGCAGCGGUCCUGGAAGUACAAAGGUGACGUGUACCUGGUGGGCUGCGCCAACGCCGGCAAGUCCACGCUUUUCAACACGCUGCUCGAGUCCGACUACUGCAAGUCCAGAGCCGCCGACGUCAUCCACAAGGCCACCAUCUCGCCCUGGCCCGGGACAACUCUGAACCUGCUGAAGUUCCCCAUCAUCAAUCCGACUCCGUACAGGAUGUUCCGGCGACAGCAGCGUCUGCAGGAGGUGUUGCAGCAGACGGAGGAGGAGCUGUCGCAGGACGAGCUGCGGCGGAUGCAGCGCCUCAGCAAACAGGGAUACCUGGUGGGUCGGGUCGGCAGAACGUUCCGAACCAACGCAUCCCCGUCGGAGGAGAUCCAGUUCGAUCCUGACAGUCUGGCGUUUGGAGAAGACGGAGAGCCGACGGCGACAGCUCCCAGCAGGCCGAGCAGCGAGCUGACCCACAAUGAGCUGAAGGACACACACUGGCUCUACGACACGCCGGGAAUCAUGAAGGAGCUCGAUAUCCUCAGCCUGCUGACUGAACACGAGGUGAAGUUGGUGGUUCCCACGCAGGCCAUCAUCCCACGGACGUUCGUGUUGAAGCCCGGCACCAGUUUGUUCAUUGGAGCACUGGCCAGGAUUGACUACCUGCAGGGACAGACGUCGUGCUGGUUCUCAGUCGUGGCCUCCAGUAGGGUUCCAGUUCACGUCACCAGCCUGGAAAAAGCCGAUGGCAUCUAUGAGAAGCAUGCAGGACACGUCCUGCUGGGGGUGCCUGUCGGAGGUUUGGAGAGGAUGAAGGAGUUUCCAGCGUUGGUUCCCCAGGAGGUCAGAGUUGAGGGACGAGGACAACUGGAGGCUGCUGCUGACAUCACACUGUCAUCUGCAGGCUGGGUAGCAGUGACGGCGGUGGAGGGCGAUCAGCUGCUGUUGAAGGUUCACGGUCCACAGACGGCAGGUUUCAGUGUGAGGACACCGCCGCUGCUUCCUCACAUCAUUUCUCUGAAAGGACAACGUAUCCCCAAGUCUGUCGCCUACAAACCACUGAAAGCUGCAGGACUGCUGGACAGAGGACUGUCAGUGAGCAGCGCCAAGACACCACAGCUUAAGAAGAAGAAGAAAAAGAACUGAGUGGUGUCCAGAGGCUGCAGCUCAAGAAAAGGAACUGAGGGCUGUGGUCUUUACAGUCAGAACAAGACAGGUUUCUGGUUAUAUCAUAUUUUAUCUUCAAUGACAGUAAAGUCACACGUUUAUAACAUGAACUUGUUUUUCUUGACCUGAUGUAGCAGCAACACAUUGCUGUUCUCAUAUUUAAAACUUUACCGGCAGGUUUGAAGACACUUUUUUUUAAAAAAAACCUUUGCAGCUGUUUCAUGAUCUGUGAAUGCCUCAUCCUUUUCCUCUUUAUCAAAUCUGAACUUUAACUGAACGUGUGAUAUUUAAUACCACUUCAUUCUACAUGUCUCAUUUAAAAAUUCUCAAGAGACAAAGUAAAAUCAAAUAUACAGGAUCAAUAAAAUCAGUGCAGCAUGGCUCAGAAACAGUGAACAGAGGAGCAAGUUGUUGGAGAUCCAUCCAGCAUGGUGAAACAUCUUUCUACAGAUGAUGAGCACAGAAGAGAGAAGUUGUCUGGAGAGGAAACAUGGAUAUAGUUAAAUACCUGUUGUAUGUGGAGCUUCUAUUGUUUUUCCAGUGUUGGUAAAACUGGUAGAUGCUUUGAAAAAUGUUGGACAUGUUUCAAGAGUUUUUUUUUUUUUUUUACAUAUUUGUAAACAUUCAAUUUAUUCCUUUGUUCUGAUUUUUGUCAUCCUUUGUCAUGCUGCACAGAAGACAUUUAUGAGUUCUCUCUCGUCUUGGUUGUUCUGUUUCCAUGUGUUUCCAUGGAGCUGCAGGACUUUAUACUGUAGUGAGGAAAACGAGACAAACAGCUGAGUUUGAAUAAGUUUAUUUCAAAAGAGCAGAGUACAGUAUGCUUCAGAUGAACUGUUAGUUUUAAGUUGAAGAGCUCCUACUACUGCGACUCAGUGAAUCGUCAUCCUGACAUGUUCCAUAUGUUACUGGGAACCUAAAGAGUGAAGCUGGUGUUCUUUUAUUUCUUCUGUUUCAUCACCCAGAACAGCAGACUGCUUGUGUUUGUUCUGCUCUGAGUCUGUGAUUCGUCCCAUUUAUUGCAGGAUGGGUUUAGUGUCCUUUGUAAUGAAAGAAAAGAUAAAAUAACAUCAGCUACAUGGUCAGAAACAUGUGAGCUAAUAUGUUAAACCUUUAAGGGCUGACAAACUGUUCUUCAAUGAAAACACUGUAGAAAUGUACAGACAGAAGAAACGCUUUGGCAUCUCGACUAAAAGGAAUAUUGCACCGAGGUAUUUACAAGGAAACCAGUUAUUUCUUUAGGCCAAAUACAGACUGAAGUUAUGAUCAGGCUAAGGAUUUAACCACCUCAGCUGCUAAGAAGUACAGUUUGAUGUGUGAUCGCAUCAAACCAACCACACUUCAGGUUUCAUCCACAGGCUGAAGCUGUGAACCAACAAAUACUUUCAACUUUUCUGUUCACCUAAAACCACCCCAGAAGCAAAACACAAAACCAUCUGUAACUUUUCUGAAGAUUUUAACUGUCAAACGACAAGAAAUACAACAACUGAAACAAUUUAAAGAGAAGCAAUAAAAAGAAACAAUACAAUGUCUCACGGUACAUAGAGUUGAUUGUCAAAGGCACUGAAUGUUUUUAAAAAGGGAAAUUUUUGACGUUCACACAGACUGUACAACUGGCAGUUUGUAACAGAACUCAGAAAGCAGGUCAACACUCAAUUUAAAAAUUUGCCCAAAAUAAAGUGUUUACUUAGUUCUUAUAAAAACCAAAAACUUCUUCUCUCCCCAGCACAAGUGAAUCUCCAUGACUGACUCAGCUGUGAGUUUUCAGGUGAACUGCAGGCAGUGUUUCCACAGAGCUUCGCACAGAACAAGAGAGAGGAAAAGAAAGCCUACUGGGUCAAUAGAAUAAAUGCAGCAUGGCUCUAAAACAGUGAACAGAGGACACGUUCAGCAUGGUGAAACAUCUCUCUACAGCUGAUGAAAGAACAGUGAAAAACAAAAAUGUAAACAGUUAAAUAUCUACAGUUUAAUGAGCCUCUAUUUUUUCCAGUGUGGGGAACACUUGGAAAAAUGUUGGACAUGUUGAUUCCAGUUUUUUUUCAUACAAUUAAAGAAAUGUUUCUCUGCUUUUUUUUCCUGA